UACUUGGCGGAAACAGUCCCAAACCCCUGCACAACUAGCCCUCAGAGGGCCGCGGGGCCAAUUUGGCACGGCCAGGCCCGGGCAAUACCGCACCGGGCAGCAUCGCAGAUCGCCCUCGCUCUGGGAGGCCACGAUCUUCCCGCCAGACCGACCUGAGCCUCCAGCCAGAGCAACUGGGCCCCGAGGCCACCCCAGGCCGCAGCUGGCGGCCGCUGGCACUGGUGCUGGGUAACCAGGCCAGGGCUGCUUCCCGCGGCUCGCCGCCGCCGGAGAGCUGGGCCCCGCCGAGGCCACACCGCGCGGCAGCUCCAAAAGCCCCGGGCGGCGGUGGAGGUGAGGCUCUCGCCCAAAGGCACCCUCCCUGCGCCCGGCGGCAGUGAGUCAGGGCGCGUUAUGCAAGUGCUGGCCCGCCGGCCCCGGCGCCUCCCCCUUGGUCUUUCACCCCGCGCCGUUACGAAAGCGCGACCCCCUCCCCCCGGAGCUAUAAAGCGGCCGCUCGGCCCGCGCUCGCCUCCCUAGCUCCACGCGCGCCCGGACCCGCGACCAGGCUUGCACACAGCUCCCGACCGGCGGACUCCCGAGCAAGAUGGAGUGGGUGUGGGCGCUGGUGCUACUGGCGGCGCUGGGCAGCGCCCGGGCGGAGCGCGACUGCCGGGUGAGCGGCUUUCGAGUCAAGGAGAACUUCGACAAGGCUCGCUUCUCCGGCACCUGGUACGCUAUGGCCAAGAAGGACCCCGAGGGCCUCUUUCUGCAGGACAACAUCAUAGCCGAGUUCUCCGUGGAUGAGAAUGGCCACAUGAGCGCCACAGCCAAGGGCCGAGUCCGCCUUUUAAAUAACUGGGACGUGUGCGCAGACAUGGUGGGCACCUUCACAGACACCGAGGACCCUGCCAAGUUCAAGAUGAAGUACUGGGGCGUAGCGUCCUUCCUCCAGAAAGGAAAUGAUGACCACUGGAUCAUCGAUACGGACUACGACACCUAUGCUGUGCAGUACUCCUGCCGCCUCCUGAACCUCGAUGGCACCUGCGCUGACAGCUACUCCUUCGUGUUUGCCCGCGACCCUAACGGCUUUACCCCGGAAGUGCAGAAGAUCGUGAGGCAGAGGCAGGAGGAGCUGUGCCUGGCCAGGCAGUACCGGCUGAUUGUUCACAAUGGUUACUGUGAUGGCAAAUCAGAAAGAAACACUUUGUAGCAACAUGGAGGGUGUCGUUUCACUAGGAAACUUCCCAUUAACCCACUCAGCCUUCAACUCUAUCUUAGGAGUUUAGUUUGUACCGCUUUCCUCCCCUCCCCUCCCCUCCCCUCCUCCCCCUCCCCCCCUCCCAUAAACAUAAAAAGUUCAGUACACGUAACAAUAUAUGUAGGGAUAAGUGAAUCUGUUUGCAUUCAAAUGUCUGUCUUCCCUGGAGUUUUCUAAGGAAUCAUUUGAGGCUUAGGAUUCCAGACUUUGAUUUAUUAAAAUAUGUAUAGUUACCCAUU